CGUUCUUUAUUCCCGGGUCCGGUCUGUCCAGUGUGUUUCAGUGCGAGUCUUUCACUGUUUUUCUGGCUCAGAAGUCCGGCCUGUCCAGUCUGUUAUCCCGGCCGGACAAGCUCCCCUAGCCCGCCUUGUGGACACAACCCAGUCGGACCGGCUACACAGCACACGGGCCGCGAUCUUGGGGCAGAGAGGCUUCUUUGAUCGAAAACAGUCUGUAACCAGCAGGAUGUAUACCGCCAUGAUGUCCGGCCGGUCAGCGCGGGCCGAAACUCGGUCUCGCGCCAAGGACGACAUCAAACGGGUCAUGCAGGCCAUCGACAAGGUCCGCAAAUGGGAGAAGAAGUGGGUGACAGUAGGAGACUCUUCUCUGCGCAUCUUUAAGUGGGUACCGAUGGUGGUGCAGGAGACGGAGAACCAGAACACACGGUUACGCAGGAAGUCAGAGGCUGCUGCUGAGGGUGAGGAGAACAGACAACAGUCUGAUCAACAUCAGCUCAACACACAGGAACAAGGUGAGUCCACAUGGUUGGAGAAAUGCCUUCUUAAUUACUAGUACCCCUCCUGUAAC